AUGAUGUCUCUGAGCUCCGACGUGAUGCCGCAGUACCGCCAGGAGGCGCCCAAAACGCCGCCGCACAUCCUCCUCCACUACUGUGCCUUCAAAGCCAUCUGGGACUGGGUGAUCCUCUGCCUCACCUUCUACACCGCCAUCAUGGUGCCGUACAACGUGGCGUUCAAGAACAAGACGUCUGAGGACGUCAGCCUUCUAGUGGUGGACUCCAUAGUGGACGUGAUUUUCUUCAUAGACAUCGUGCUAAACUUCCACACCACGUUCGUGGGACCCGGUGGUGAAGUGGUCAGUGACCCCAAGAUCAUACGCAUGAACUAUCUCAAGUCGUGGUUCGUUAUAGACCUGCUGUCGUGCCUCCCCUACGAUGUGUUCAACGCCUUUGACCACGAUGAAGAUGGCAUCGGCAGCCUGUUCAGCGCGCUGAAGGUAGUACGCCUGCUGCGACUGGGCCGCGUGGUGCGCAAGCUGGACCGCUACCUGGAGUACGGCGCCGCCAUGCUGAUCCUGCUGCUCUGCUUCUACAUGCUGGUGGCGCACUGGCUGGCCUGCAUCUGGUACAGCAUCGGCCUGUCGGACGCCGACAACGGCGUCACAUACAGCUGGCUCUGGAAGCUGGCCAACAUCACCCAGUCGCCGUACUCGUACGUCUGGUCCAACGAGACGAUGGCGCCGAUUCUGGUGAACGGGCCCUCUCGCAAGACCAUGUACGUGACGUCACUCUACUUCACCAUGACGUGCAUGACCAGCGUGGGAUUCGGCAACGUGGCGGCCGAGACAGACAACGAGAAAAUCUUCACCAUCUGCAUGAUGAUCAUUGCUGCGCUCCUGUACGCUACCAUCUUCGGCCACGUGACCACCAUCAUCCAGCAGAUGACGUCAGCCACGGCCAAGUAUCAUGAUAUGCUCAACAACGUGCGCGAGUUUAUGAAGCUGCACGAGGUACCGAAGGCGCUCUCGGAGCGGGUCAUGGACUAUGUGGUCAGCACGUGGGCCAUGACCAAGGGCAUUGACACGGACAAGGUGCUCAACUACUGCCCGAAGGACAUGCGGGCCGACAUUUGCGUGCAUCUGAACCGCAAGGUCUUCAACGAGCACCCUGCGUUCCGGCUGGCGUCGGACGGCUGCCUGCGCGCGCUGGCCGUGCACUUCAACAUGUCGCACAGCGCGCCCGGCGACAUGCUCUUCCACACCGGCGAGAGCAUCGACACGCUCUGCUACAUCGUGUCUGGCUCGCUCGAGGUCAUCCAGGACGACGAGGUGGUCGCCAUUCUCGGUCAGGGGGACGUCUUUGGCGAUACGUUCUGGAAGGACCCGAGCGUGGGUCAGGCGGCGGCCAACGUGCGCGCGCUCACCUACUGCGACCUGCACACCAUCAAGCGGGACAAGCUGCUGGAGGUGCUCGACUUCUACCACGCCUUCGCCAACUCCUUCGCCAGGAAUCUGGUGCUCACCUACAACCUCCGACACCGAUUGAUCUUCCGGAAGGUGUCGGAUGUCAAGCGGGAGAAGGAGCUGGCCGAGCGCCGGAAGAACGAGCCGCCACCCGACAUCAGUCAGGACCACCUGGUCAGGAAGAUCUUCUCCAGAUUCAAAAAGUCCAGCGAGCGCACCAACAGCCAGUCGGGCCUCAGGGACGUGGAGGCCGGUGCCCGGAGCGAGGCCGAGCCGCUAGGUGGCGCUGCCGGCGACGCGACCAUCGUGGUCAGCGUCGUGGGCGACUCAGCGGCGACGGCGUCGUCCGGCGGCGGCGGCGGCAUCCUCACCUCGGUGAAGCUGCCCGGGGUCGGUGAGCAGCAGGCGCGGGCGGCGCCGGCGGCGACCGUUGGCGAGGAGCCGGCACGGCCUCCUGCGGAGGCCAGCAGGCGACUGGAAGUGGUGGACACGACCAAGCUGGCUGGGCUACCCAGCUUCUCGCAGAGUGAGUUCCAGCAGCUGCUGUCCAACCUGAUGGACUUCAAGGUGGACCUGAAGCUGGAGAUGCAGAAGCUGCACCAGCGCAUCGGCCGGCUGGAGGGCUCGCUUGCGGACGUGUCGCGUCGCAUACCUCCCACCCAGCGGCAGGCGGCCGACCUCAGCCCGCCGCUACUGCCAUCUGGCGGUGCGGCAGUGAGCCGCGAGGCGGUCGCUUCCGACAGUGGCGCCGCCGAGCGGACCGACCGUGGCGCCUCUCAGCGGGUGUUUGUACAAAAGUCGCGGUCGCGCGAUGCGGCAGCGCCCCCGAAGCGGGCGGCGGCCAAGCCCCGCAGCCGGUCGGCCGUGGCGCGAGCGAGCGAGCUCAGUCCGACCGACUCGAUGGUGCAGCGCAUGCUGGAGGAGGAGAUUGGCCGCGGGGAGGACUCGGGCUCGCCGCGCCGCCGGCCGCUCUACGGCGACGACCGGCCCGGCUCCCCCGAGGAGUACUUGUAGUGGGCGCCUCGCGCUCCCCCCUCUCUCUCUCCCUCUCGCUCUAUCUUCCCUGUCUCUCCAGCACACGGCACUUCACCUUCCCCUUCCUUUGUCACUCGUAGAGCCGUCAGCAGGCGGCGACGCAGGUCUCAUGCGGCCUCACUAGGGCACUGUAUAUAUUUUUAUUCGGCUUCCCGUUUGCUCUCCUGCACGGUGUUGGCUGCUGCAUUUAUACUUAAUUGGAAUAGCAGUGGACAUUGUAGGGAAAAAUCAUUGCUAUGGUAUCACGUUCAACCAGCUUAUCUAUUGCAUGUGUAAAUGAUUUUAUUAUGAAGAGCGACAAAAUGCUUAUAUCAUGCAGGCUGCUCUCCUGUGGGCUAGUUUCCAUGUCUACAUUUUACACGUACGCUAGGAGGAAGCGAAUGGCCGUGAACGCAGUGGGCAGCUUUUACAAAUCGUGAUAUAAUAACUUUCAGCACUAUGAUUUUCUUUAGAAUUCAACGUCAUGCUGGAUUGACUUCUUAGUUUGCCAUCCUAGGGUACAGUCCCUGAUUAUCAUAAGGUACGUCUGUCUUGAAUAUUUUUUUCACAAGCUGGCAUACCAGCUUGCUUAAAACAUGGUCAGGGUCAAGACGUGAACGUCUUUUAAAGCAUGUUUGUCUAGCAGCGUCCGCGCCCGGUGCUGAGCAUGACACGGCCACGGCGUUUUUACGAGACAGCCUGCCUCCGAACGGCACUUGAACGCUAAGCGGGGCAAUUCGAUUCAAAAUGCCGGCGAAUCCCGUGUGU